GUGCUGGACCUCAUGGAGAGCGACCUCCACCAGAUCAUCCACUCCUCCCAGCCGCUCACGCUCGAGCACGUCCGCUACUUCCUCUACCAGCUCCUGCGCGGCCUCAAGUACAUCCACUCGGCCAACGUGCUGCACCGCGACCUCAAGCCCAGCAACCUGCUGGUCAACGAGAACUGCGAGCUCAAGAUCGGCGACCUCGGCAUGGCGCGCGGCCUGGGCGCCGACGCGCGCCACGCCAAGCCCUUCCUCACCGAGUACGUGGCCACGCGCUGGUACCGCGCGCCGGAGCUGCUGCUCUCGCUGCACCGCUACACGCGCGCCAUCGACAUGUGGUCGGUCGGCUGCAUCUUCGCCGAGAUGCUGGGGCGCCGCCAGCUCUUCCCGGGCCGCAACUACGUGCACCAGCUGCAGCUCAUCAUGGCCGUGCUGGGCACGCCGCCGCCGGGCGUCAUGGCGGCCAUCGGGCGCCGAAGCGUCCGCGCCUACGUGCAGAGCUUGCCGCCGCGCCCGCCGGUGCCGUGGGAGAGCCUGUUCGGGCGAGCCGAGCCGGCCGCGCUGGCGCUGCUGGGGCGGAUGCUGCGCCGACCAGCGGACAGGGUGGGCGUGGCCGAGGCGCUGCGGCACCCGUUCCUGGCCAAAUACCACCACCCCGAGGACGAGCCCGAGUGCGUGCCGGCGUUCGACCGCCGACCGCAGGCGCUGACCAAGGAGGAGAUCAAGGCGGCCAUCGUGGCCGAGAUCGCCGAUUUCCACGGCGGCCGGCGGCAUCCGGCGGCAGAUCGCGCCGGGCGCCGGGGCGGCGGCGUGGCUCGCCGCGGUGAAGGCGGAGCCGGGCGGCGGGGGCGGCGGGGCGGGCGGCGCGGCGGGGCCGGCGGUGGCUCCUCCGCGCCAGAGGGCAGCGCCAUCUCGGACGACACCAGCGCGCUGAAGGCGGCGCUGCUGAAAUCGGCGAUGAGGAACAAGAGUAAAGACCCGCCCUGCGCGGCGCCGGACGCCGCCGAGUGCCGCACGGUGACGGCGGCCGAGCGGCAGCGGGGAGCCGUGGAGAAGCGCCCGGCGCCGCCAGGAGCGCGCCAAGGGGGCUCAGGGCCUCGUCCUCACCGACGACGACCGGCACCUGCUGGAGCGCUGGACCAAGAUGGCCGACGGCGCCCAGCCCCGCCAAGAAGCCCCCCCCCCUGCCCGGCCCCGCCCAACGAGGCGUGGCCGGCCCCUGCGGGGUGGGCGGAGCCUCCGGACGUGGCCACGGUGACGCAGCAGCUGCAGAAGUCGCAGGUGGAGGAUCCGCUGCCGCCCGUGUUCCCGGUGACGCCCAAGGGCAGCGGCGCCGGGUACGGCGUCGGCCUCGACCUCGAGGAGUUCCUGAGCCAAUCGCUCGACAUGGUGGGCGAGGCCAAGGACAGCCACGUGGACUCGGCGCCGCUCUCGGCGUCGCUCUUGGCCGAUUGGCUGGAGGUUCACCGCCUCAGCCCCGCCGCGCUCGAGAGCCUCCAGCGCGACCUCACGCUGGGCUCGCCCAUGCUCGACGACCUGCCCGACCCCUGACCCCGCCCCUCAUUACCAUACCCGCGGCCCCGCCCCCUCCCCCAUUAAACUUUG